GCCACGUGAGAGCUGGAGCUGGGGGUGCGGGGUGCCUGCAAGGUGCUGGAGGCGGAGAUCAGGCUGGGCUCUAGCAUCCCCCCCUCGCCCCAAACUCCUACCAAUCAGGUCAUGGGUAGCCCAGCAUCCUUCAAAGCCCCCACCCACCCACUCGCACAGGAACGUGGUGGGGACAACAGCAGGCAGACGGUGACUCGGCCCACGGAACCCAAAAAGCCCGGUCCUCAGUCUGGGGCAGAGACUCCGGCAUCCAGGCCCAGGGGAGAGGACGAGAGGCGAGCUUGGGCCCCUGGUCCAGGUGGAGGCCGCAGAGGGCCCAGGGCGGGCAGGGGCAGCAAUGACUGGUCCUGACGGUGGCUGAGCCCCCAGCCCCUGGAAUAUGCAGCCCGGGGGAGCCCCAGGCAGCGGCGAGGCGGUGGCGGCGUGGGGCGAGAGGCAUGGUCUCCACCUACCGGGUGGCCGUGCUGGGGGCGCGAGGCGUGGGCAAGAGUGCCAUCGUGCGCCAGUUCCUGUACAACGAAUUCAGCGAGGUCUGCGUGCCCACCACUACCCGCCGCCUCUACCUGCCUGCUGUCGUCAUGAACGGCCACGUGCACGACCUCCAGAUCCUCGACUUCCCGCCCAUCAGCGCCUUCCCUGUCAACACGCUGCAGGAGUGGGCAGAUGCCUGCUGCAGGGGACUCCGGAGUGUCCACGCCUACAUCCUGGUCUACGACAUCUGCUGCUUUGACAGUUUUGAGUACGUCAAGACCAUCCGCCAGCAGAUCCUAGAGACAAGGGUGAUUGGCACCUCAGAGACGCCCAUCAUCAUCGUGGGCAACAAGCGGGACCUGCAGCGCGGACGCGUGAUCCCGCGCUGGAACGUGUCUCACCUGGUGCGCAAGACCUGGAAGUGCGGCUACGUGGAG